AUGAACAAGAUUGCGGUGAAGUUGUCAUCAAAAUGUUUUCAUAUAGAAGCAGUGGAAUAUUUGGAGAAGUAUUUGACUGAGGAGGAAAUGAGGUAUUUCACGGAAGAAUCGCCAUUUAGGCACAUAUUUCACAUGAAGAAGAAGCAGUCGCUGAAAAUGAGCUUAAUGGUUGCACUCAUUAAUCGGGUAGUGAAGACGAAGAAAGAUGAUGAGUUAUGGUUCGUCAUUAACGGCUGUCCUAUUAGAUACUCGUUGUGGGAGCAUGCUCUUCUCAGCGGCCUAAAGUGCUCUCCAUUACCAGAAAAUUUGGAGGAAUAUGGAGGGAUUGAUUUCUAUAGAAAAUAUUUUGGUCAAGACAGCUUUGAGAAGGUUACGAAAGGAGAUGUGAUGGAUAAAUUUGGGCAAUUGACAAAAGAUGACAAGGAAGACGGAUUGAAGAUGGCGUAUCUCUUGCUUCUUAGCUAUGUGAUUGGACAUCAACAUUCAGAAUACGUCAAUCCGUUGUUGUUGAGGAUUGUUAAUAGCGUCGAGGAUUGUGAACAAUUCCCUUGGGGAACGUUCACCUUCAAAUCUGUUCAUGGAUUUAUUCUAAAUUAUUUGAACAAGCAUCGGAAACCAGUCAAUCAAUGGAACUUACCAGGAUUUAUAAUUCCACUCACGAUGUUGCCGUUCGAAUGUAUUCCUAAACUUCGUUCUGGUGGAUGGUAUAACAUAGUGAGACCGGAAGGUAAUGUGACAGAAACAUGCCCUCGGAUGUGUAAGAGAUGUUUCAUCCCGAAAAAAAAAUACGGUAUCAAACAAGGAUUAACAAGGAUCGGCAGGACACAGGAUAUUGCGAGCAUUCUGUUCCCAGAACAUGGUGAAGCAUCUUUGCUUGAUGGUUUGGAAAUCAAAGAUAAUUUUGAUGAGGUGGUUGAUAGUUGGAUUGCUCAUUUGAUUGAGGAUCCAAAAUCUGUGAAAUGGAAGGAUAUACUCGAGGCUGAUGUGAAAUCUCGAGUUGAAGUACCAAUGAUGCUUCAGCAAAAAAAGAGGAAACUACCUGCUUCACCUCGGAAGUGGGAUAAAAAGAGAGGAAAAACUGAUAAAGGGAAAAAACCAGUAACCGAUAAUGAUGUAGAAGAAGAAGAAGAAGAAGAAGGAGAAGAAGAAGAAGAAGUCUGUAGUCGAGAUUUGAACAAAUUGAGGGCUGAAGUGAGACAACUGAAAGGAAAGAUUCAGUUUUUGGGUCAAAAAUUGGUUGAGACUGAAACCAACUUGCAGAAAGCGAUUGAAGACCAAGGUGAAUAUAUGAAGAAAUUGAUUAUUGCUGGUAUGAUCGCAGCAGAUGAAGAAGAAGGUGUUGAAGAAUCUGCUGGAGAAGUUGAAGAAGAAGGUGGAGAAUCUGGAGAAGGAGAUGAAAAAGGUGCUGAUAUAUCUGAAAAAGAAGUUGAACAGGAAGUUGAUAAAGGAGAUACCGAUAAAGUUGAAGAAGGUGAUGAGGAAUCUGAAGAAACUGAAGAAGAAGUUGGCGGAGAAUCUGAAGAAGGAAAGGAAAAAUGUGAUGAAGAAGCUGAAGAAGGAAAUGAAAAAUGCGAUGAAGAUGCUGAAGAAGGAGAGCCCGAGAAAGAAGCAGAAGAAGGAGAGCCCGAGAAAGAAGUAGAAGAAGGAGAGCCCGAGAAAGAAGACCAAGGACAACCCGAGAAAGAAGAAGAAGAAGGAGAGGCCGAGAAAGAAGAUCAAGGAGAGCCCGAGAAAGAAGACCAAGGAGAGCCCGAGAAAGAAGACCAAGAGAUUAGAGUUGUUGGAAGAAACCCAAGCGAGAGAAUUAAAAGGGCAAAAAAAAUAUCAGGUAAAACAUUGAGUCCAUGGGCGGAUACUUUGACGUCUAUCAAUUCGAAGGGUGGAAUCGUUAGAGGUCGAGAAAGAGGUAGAAGAGGUAGAGGUCGUGGACAAAAAUCAUGA